AUGCAUAUCCAGCAGCUGAAAGACAAGCCACCGAGCUUUCUGGCGGCUUUGGUCUUCUUGACGCUGGUACCGCUAUACUAUGUCUCCUACCAGUACCGCUUGACUCAUCCCUACGGCGGCCACGAGCCGGCAAGAGACAACGUCUUCUCAUCGACAGACUUCGUCCGAGAUUGGCUCAGCACCCACGUCGUCUCACCGUUCAAUCCGUCCGCCCUCGCGACCUACUGCAAUCGAACAGAAUGGCGACCGAACCUCGUCUUCAAUCUCGAGAAUGCGAACGGAGGGAUUGGAAAUGUGCGCGGGAACACACUGGACUUCCUCUUCUUCGCAAUAGAGGCUGGUGCAUCUAUUAUACUACCAGGAAGAGCAACGCGAAGCCAAGAAGACAUCAGCAACGUGUGGGCCGCUCGUGCUCCGUUCGACAGCUUCUUCGAUGAGGAAUGGUUCAUGUACAAUAUGGCGCAUUCUUGCCCACAGAUGUCCAUCUACAAGCCUGAGAAGCACCACAAGAUGGUUGCACCUCUGCCAGGCAACUAUCUGCCUCAUAGUCGUCGCAUCGACUCCGACGUUGGCAAUACGAAGCAAGCGUAUCUUACCCAUCUCUCCGCAUGGCUUGCCGACAACCCUUCAUUCUCUGCCGAGAAUCUCACACUGGUCAACCUUGAGCGCACCCUUUGGGACAUCGACACCCGCAGUUUGCCUAUGGGCUUCCGUCGCAACUUUGGUCAGCUGCUGCGGAUCAACCCUACCAUCCGCCGUCUCGCUGGGAUCGUGGUGCUGAACCUCGCUCUCACAUUCCGCCACAACAUCAACCCUACAGCACCGAUACCACGCCAGGCCUUCUACGGCGCUCACCUCCGCACCGAAGCCGACGCUCAAGGCGCGGGAUGGCUCAACGACGCUUACUCCAACUUCUCCGCCCAAACCGACGCCUAUAUCGCGCAAGCCCUCCACCACAAGCUUAAAACGAUUUACGUCGCCACCGGCAACUCGUCGGAUCUCGAGCGCUUCCGCACCAAAGCCGCCACCCACCGCCCACCGCUCAACAUCACCUCGAAAUUCGACCUGCUCCCUCCGAACGAAGCCGCAGCGCUCAGAGAGCUGACCUGGGACCAGCAAGCACUGGUCGACUACGAAGUACUCCAGCGUUGUAGCGUGUUCAGCGGAAUCGUCAAGAGUAGUUUUAGCUACAACGUCGCGAUGACGAGGGGCCAGGUGCUGGAGGAUGAGGGGAGAGUGGUGGAUCCGUGGGCGGUGAUGCAUAGUGAAGAGGGCGUGGCGUUUGAUGAUGGGGUUAGCAGGAUUUUGGGGCGGGAUGGGUGGCAUGAGCAGAGGAUUCCGAGGGGGAUGUGGCCUUGA